AAAUGGAAACCAAGGUGCAGUUUGACUUUAGAUUGGGUGGUGAUUCUAUACCUGGUCCUGUUGAGAAUGUCCAGGCUCUUGCAUCCAAGAACCUGAAGAAAGUCUCGUCCAGAUACAUCAGGUCAGAGAUUGAAUUCGAUGCAAUUUCCAUGGAUGAAUCCUUUGAGAUUCCAGUGAUUGACAUGAGCAAACUAGAUGAUGAUAGUGAACGGAGAAAUCUGCAUUUAGUUUGCAGAGACUGGGGUUUCUUCCAGUUGAUCAAUCAUGGUGUAGCGAAUGACGUGAUUGAGAAGAUGAAGAUCGACCUGCAAGAGUUCUUCAAGCUGCCUUUGAAGGAGAAGAUGGCUUUUUCGAAGACACCGGAUAACCCCGAAGGAUACGGUCAAGACAUCCGUGCGUCAGAUUUAGAAGACCAGAAGCUUGAGUGGAAGGACAUCCUCCUCCUCGUUGCUCAGCCUAUUAACUCAAGAAAUAUGAGAUUCUGGCCGACCAAUCCCCGUUCGUUCAGGGAAAGCUUCGAGAAGUACACGAUGGCGUUGCAUGAAGUUAUGAUCCGACUCGUGAAGCUGGUUGCUGAGAAUCUGGGGACUGAUCCCGAGGCAUUUUCGAGCUUUUUCGAGGAUGGAAGACAGGUAAUAAGGAUGAACUAUUAUCCUCCCUGUGCAGAGGCAAGAAAGGUUCUCGGUGCAUUUCCACACUCCGACUCCUCGGGUUUAACAUUGUUGAUUCAAGCGAAUGAAGUUGAAGGAUUACAAAUCAAGAGGAAUGAGAAAUGGAUUCCUGUUAAACCCAUCCCUGGUGCAUUCAUAGUCAAUAUCGGAGACGUGAUCGAGAUUAUGAGCAAUGGAGAAUACAAAAGCAUUGAACAUAGAGUGGUGGUUAAUGAGGACAAGGAGCGCCUUUCGAUUGCAUCAUUACACUAUCCAAAAAAGGGUACUCAGAUUGUCCCACUGCCGGAUGUUACUAAGACCAACAAAGUAGUGUACAAGAGUAUGCCGCUUGAGGAGUUCCUGACAGUGAGGCUUAGCCAGAGAUCUAAUGGGAAACGUCUGUUGGAUCAAAUUAUGAAGCUCUAG